AUGGCGUUCCUUCGAUCACUGCUUUGUUGCAUUCGUCCCUCUGCAACACACUCCGCAACACAGACCACCUCUACCUUGAAUAGUGUAACAAGUCCUUCGACUUCUUCCACCGCUGCCUCAAGCACCGACCAGCUCGAGGAUCUUCCUGUUGCGGCUCGCAAAGUUGAAACUCUUAUAGGGCAGAAGGCUCACAUUUCACAAAUGCCUAUUAGGUUGUUCAGUAUGCCAUCCAUCGACGAAAAGUUGGCGAAGGAUGCCGACCCUUCCGUCAAAGCUGAUCCUGCUGCUCUCAAGGCCCUUCAACAGCAACAGCAAAAGACCGAAGAGGCCAACAAGAAGAAGAUGACAUUUUCGUACCAAGAUAAUCUGCCAAAGUUACCAAUUCAGGAUCUUGAUAAGACUUUGCAGAAUUACUUGGAGGUUGUCAGGCCCUUGCAGACGCAUCGUGAGCACCAAAGGACCAUCGCAGUUGUGAGGGAGUUCGCAAAGACCGUCGGGCCCGUUUUGCAGGACAAAUUGCAGAAGUACUCUCUUUCGCAGACGAGUUAUAUUGAGCAGUUCUGGUACGAUUCGUAUCUCAAUUAUGACAAUCCUGUCGUGCUUAACUUGAAUCCAUUUUUCUUGCUUGCCGACGACCCAACUCCGGCACGUAACAACCAGAUUACAAGAGCGGCCUCGCUAGUUGUCUCUUCGUUGGCUUUCAUCAGAGCUUUGAGAAGAGAAGAACUCCCAGCAGACACAGUCAGAGGAACACCACUAUGCAUGUACCAAUUCACUCGCCUCUUCGGAGCCGCCCGAAUCCCGACCGAGAAUGGUUGCUUGAUGCAGACCGACGAGAAAGCCAGACACGUUGUAGUGAUGUGUCGAUCGCAAUUCUACUGGUUUGAUGUUAUGGAUGACAACUCGGACUUGAUUAUGUCUGAAAAGGAUCUUGUCCAUAACCUCCAGGCUAUCAUGCACGAUGCGAUGGAAACUCCCAUACAGGAAGCUGCCCGCUCAGCAGUUGGUGUUCUCAGCACUGAGAAUCGUAGGGUCUGGGCAGGAAUGCGAGACCAUAUUCUCAACCACGAGGACAAUACCAACCGAGAGUGUCUUCAAAUCGUCGACUCGGCUUUGUUCGUUCUUUGUUUGGACGAUUCCUCGCCCGAAUCCCUUGCCGAGAUCUCGACCAACAUGUUGUGCGGUAGCAGUGUUAUCGAAAAGGGUGUUCAGGUCGGUACAUGUACCAACCGAUGGUAUGACAAGUUACAAAUCAUUGUUUGCAAGAACGGUGCUGCGGGUAUCAACUUCGAACAUACCGGUGUCGACGGCCAUACGGUGUUGAGAUUUGUCAGCGAUGUUUACACUGAUACUAUUCUUCGAUUUGCAAAAACCAUUCACGGCGGCUCGCCUUCCCUAUGGGCCUCGGUGUCUCCCGACCCGGCAAAGCGUGACCCAGAGUCGUUCGGAAACGUUAGCACAACACCACAUAAGCUGGAGUGGACUAUGGUUCCCGAACUUUCCCUCGGAUUGCGAUUCGCAGAAACCAGAUUGGCCGAUUUGAUCAACCAGAACGAGUUCCAAACACUCGAGUUCGAAGGGUACGGUUCCAACUACAUCAAGACCAUGGGAUUCUCCCCAGACGCCUAUGUCCAAAUGGCCUUCCAAGCCUCUUACUACGCUCUUUACGGUCGGGUCGAGUGUACCUAUGAGCCAGCGAUGACCAAACAAUUCUUACACGGCAGGACCGAGGCUAUCCGAACUGUCAGCCAGGAAGUUGUCGACUUUGUCCGCACAUUCUGUGAAGAUGCGCCAGCCAAGGCUAAGAUCGAUGCACUGAAGGCUGCCUGCGAACGCCACGUCCAGAGAACGAGACAAUGUUCUAAGGGCUUGGGACAGGAUAGGCAUUUGUAUGCUCUAUACUGUCUAUGGCAACGAGGUAUUCUCGAUGAAGGAUGUGCUUCUCCAUCGGUUGAUGGGUAUGUCUCUGGUGAAGAACAGGAAGUACCUUUCGGAUCCCCUGGUGGACAGUCGAUGAUAUCCGAGAUGUCUGCAACUGCUUCCACCGGUAGCGGUAGAGCAGUCGCCCGUGACAUUCCAGCUAUAUUUGCGGAUUCAGCAUGGGACAAACUCAAUACCACCAUCAUUUCCACAUCCAACUGCGGUAACCCGGCUCUUAGGAUGUUCGGUUUCGGACCUGUUUCUGCUGAUGGAUUUGGAAUUGGGUACAUCAUCAAGGAGGACUCGAUCUCGGUUUGUGUUAGCUCGAAGCACAGACAGACGAAGCGAUUCGUGGAUACCCUGCAUAGUUACAUGCAGGAUGUGAGGUACCUGUUCAAGCAGUUGAACAGGAAGGUUGUCUCGCCAUCUACUACGAAGGCGAGGGAGGCUGAGACUAGGCAAGCUGCUGCCCCGUUGAAGACCCCGAAGGGUAAGGAGAUUAUUACUAAGAUGGCCAGCGGUACUUCCUCACCGUCUGAGAGUGAUGGUGAGGGCGGGAUGCUCGGCGGAUACGGAUACUUCGACGUCGGAAGCUUGAAUAAGUUAUUGUCUGAGAAGGAGGAGGAGGCGACGGCUGGACAGCAGGUUACAACUAGGCGUUCUAUCGGUAGGAAAUUACCAUUGGCGGAUUACUAA